AUGUUUUUAUCUAUUGUUUCGUCUCUAUUUUUGAGUGGAGUCAGUGCAGAGUUAGUCCUUUUGUUGGCCGUUUGGAGACACGGAGAUCGAGCUCCUGAGCGACUUCCCUAUCCGAAUGACAAAAAUGGAGAGGAAGCGUGGCCACGCGGAUGGGAACAACUCACAAAUUUGGGCAUUUCGCAAGGCUUCGAAUUGGGCACAUUCCUUCGGAAACGUUAUGCUGGACAGCUAUUCGCGAGAGAUUUUAAUAGGAAAGAGGUGUUUGUGCAAUCGUCGGACUCGGAACGAGCAAUGGAGACUGGGCAAGCGGUGAUGGCCGGGCUCUUUCCGGCUGAGGGGAAUCGAGUGUGGAAUGCUAGUACUGAAUGGCAACCCACUCCAAUGCAUACAAAUGGAAAAGGAAGAGAAGAUCCGCUUCUUAAACCGACUGGUGUCUUUUGCCCAAACUAUGAAGCGAUUCGAAAACGAGAUUUUCAUCGAUUGGAAAUGAGAAUGGACAAAAAGUAUGGCGGGCUUUUCGAUUGGUUGAGUGCGGAAACUGGGAUGAAUGUAUCGUUUGCGAAUGUCAAGAAGUUGUAUGAUGUGGAUAAAGAGGUUGAGGAG